AUGAGUGGAAGAAUUCUUUACAGAGAGGAUGAAGAUGGUUCUAAUAGACCUCUUGGUAGAGGCAGAGGUAGAGAAAGAGAUAGAGGUGGAAGUUGGAGAGAUAGACGCUCCAACUCUAGUUCUUACCCAGAUCGACGUUCUCAAUCUGAAAAAUUCAAUCGUGGAAACUCCCAAAACAGAAACAAUGGGAGGAACAACCCCUUUAUCGACAGAAACGAUAGGAGGGACCAAUAUGACUCCCAAAACAAAAAUCAUAUAAGAAACAACCAGUUUACUGAUAGACCAAACGAUAGGAGGGACCAAUACGAUUCCCAAAACAAAAAUCAUAUAAGAAACAACCAGUUUACUGAUAGACCAAACGAUAGGAGAGACCAAUACGAUUCUCAAAACAGAGAUCGAAGAAAUAAUGGGCCCAGAACCAUGGGAUACCCAGGUCUUAAAUCUCUUCUAGAGUUGGAUGAUAUUGAAGCAAUAAUCUUGAUUAUCUCUGAUUCAAAGAAAGGGUUUACGAAACUUCUCGAAUCGGAAAGCAUUAAACCGGAUGUUGUGGUUUUUAUUGUCAGAGUUUUAAACAAAAUUGCUGAGAGUAGCACAAAAAGACAAUUAAUCAAAUAUAUGACGAUAAGAUCGUUUGUGAAACAACUUACAAAUUAUAUUGUCACAAUUGAAAAUCAAGAUAAUAAGGAUAAACGAUUUAACGAUGAAUUUUGGAAAGAGUCCGACAGGUUUUGGCAGGAAGUCACCGCUGUGUGUCGGGUUUUGUUUGAGAUAUCACCGUCAACGGCAUGCGAUGUGACGCCAAAACUGUUGAAGACAUUGAAGAAAAGCAUUCCGCGAGUCGAGGAGGAGCAUAAGAUCCACAUUUCCGAUUUGAUCAAAACGAACGUUGAAAAAUUGAGCGACACUAUCGAGGAACAAAUCAAAGAGAUCGAAAGCAAAAAACAAGUGAAAGAACUGUUGAAAGCAGACCCAAACUAUGAGGAAGAGUAUGUGCCUCCACCUGAUGAUUACCGCGACAUAAACGUGUACCCCAGCGGCGAGGAGAUCACGAACAACCGCAGAACCUUCUUCCUGAACAAGAACCGCUCCGUGGGAAAGUACGAAAGCGUGAGCGAGUACCUCGACGUGCAUUUCAGACUUCUGCGCGAAGACUUCGUCGCCCCGCUGCGCGAGGCCGUUUGCAGCUACCUGGAGCAGAAGGGCGAGAAAAUCACCACGGUCAAGUUUUACCAGAACGUGCAGUUCCUGAACAUGGAGUCCGUGAACGAGGCGCAAUGUUUCAGGUUGCAGUUCGAUUUCCAGACGGGCAAGCAGAAGAGAAAGGUGAACUAUGCGCAGUCGAAGAGAUUCAUGUUCGGCUCGCUGCUGUGCUUCACGCAAGACAACUUCAAGACCGUACUUUUCGGCAAGGUGGCGCAAAGAGACAUCAAGGAUCUAGACAAGGGACAACUGAUUGUUGGCAUGGAGUCCGGUGUUCCCAAAUAUAACCACCCAUACCUUAUGUUAGAAUGUGCGGUGUACUUUGAGCCGUACUAUCAAGUUCUAACAGUUCUCAAACAAAUGGACAUAGACGAUUUUCCGAUGAAAAGGUAUUUGGUCGACGUGGAAUCCGACGUUCGUAUGCCUAAGUACCUUAUGGAUGAUGAAGUACCUAUCUAUUACACAAUAAACAACAAACAAUUCUGGCCUUUUAAUUUUCCAGAGCAAAACUUUUACGAUUUAAACGAGUCGCAGUUGAAGGCUUUCAAGGCGGCCCUUACGAAAGAGCUGGCCAUCAUCCAGGGUCCUCCGGGCACCGGUAAAACCCAUCUCGGUCUCAAAAUCGCCCACACGCUGCUCAAUAACCACCAUGCAUGGUACAAACGCAGCCCAAUUUUGCUGAUUUGCUACACGAACCACGCGUUGGACCAAUUCCUGGAAGGCAUAGUUCCAUGUACCCAGCAAAUUCUGCGCAUCGGCGGCCAGUCUAAGAACGAGGCGCUAAACGAAUUCAACAUUCGAAAGAAAAAGCGUCCGCUGCCGGCCGCCGUAGGCCAGAUUCGGAGAGUGGUGUCUGACAUUGUUAGAGAAAUCAAGCAAAAUAAUCAUUUAUUGGAAGAGGUGGAGUCGUUUCAUUACGUCAUGUCAUUUGAACAUUUUGCACAUAUUAUUCCCAAUUAUGAGCUGUCCUGGUUUGCUAGAGCUAGCAACGACGACUUAAGAGGAUGGCUGAUGGCAGCAAAGCCUGCUCUUCAUGUGCAGGAACAGGAGAUAAGUCAGCGUGAUCCCGAAACGGAACCUGCUCUAGAUGAUGAAGAAGUCGUUGAAGAAAUCGUAGACAAUAAUAAUGAGGAAAACAACGUAAUGGACGAUAUAUUUGACGAAGAUUUUAAGGUGGCAGAUUCCAAACCGUUAAUAGAUUUAAAACAAUUUUGCGACACCAUUAGAAACUGGAAACUCCAUUUCGAAUCUGUAUGCAAAGAUGAAAACAACGAUGAUCCAAAAGUCAUUGAUGAAAUUAUUCGACUAAAUUACGAAAUCCAAGAAAUGACCAACGACUACAAUUUCUUACAAGAAAAAUUGACUUGGGGCUCGCAGCAAAACUUCAACGUGAAAAAACCGAAGGAAUGCGACUUCUACCAACCCGAUGAGAUGCCGCCGAACAUGCGUUGGAAAUUGUAUUUCCUUUGGGUGCAGGAGUUCAGAUCUAAGUUGAUCAACAACAAGAAUCGAUUAUCAGAAUUGUAUCGCAAAAACUACAGGGAAUACAACGAGCUCAGGUCGAUAGAGGACGCUCAGAUCAUGAAGGAACAGCUCGUGAUCGGCAUGACCACCACCGGCGCCGCCCGUAUGAACUCCGCCCUCCAAGCUCUCAAGUGCCCUAUAGUCAUUGUGGAGGAGGCAGCGGAAGUGUUGGAGGCCCACAUCGUCAGCGCCCUCACACGGCACUGCCAGCACCUAAUUUUGAUCGGCGAUCAUCAACAACUGAAACCGAGCACGGCAGACUUCAAAAUGGAGACCACAUUUAAGCUGGGCAUCAGCCUGUUCGAGCGCAUGAUCAACAAUAAGAUCGAGUGCCACACGUUGAACGUUCAGCACCGGAUGCGACCGGAAAUAUCCGCCCUGGUCGCCCCCACCAUUUAUCCCGACCUGGUGAACCACGUUUCCGUGGAGAAUCGACCCCCGAUCGACGGCAUAGAGAAGAACCUGUUUUUUAUCGAUCACAGGCACCCGGAGUCACAGUGCGACGACUCCAGCAAGAAAAACAAACACGAGGCGGAAUUUGUGGUGGACCUCGCCAGACAUUUGAUACUGAACGGAUACGAGGCCAAACAAAUAACCAUUUUGGCGGCGUAUUUGGGCCAAAUGUUCGAAAUAAUAAAGCUCAAGAAGUCGGACGCGUUGCUUCUGAGCGAAGUUAGAGUUGCCGUUUUGGACAACUACCAAGGAGAAGAGUGCGACAUAAUUCUGUUGUCGUUGGUGCGCUCCAACACUGCCAAAUCCGUCGGGUUCUUGAAAAUCGAGAACAGAGUGUGCGUGGCCCUUUCCAGAGCCAGAAACGGUCUAUACAUCAUCGGUAACAUGGAGUUGCUGGCCGCAAAUAGCGAGAUUUGGCCGAAAGUAAAAGAAACGCUGGUAAAUCAACAAGCCAUUGGAGAAAGCUUGCCCUUGGUGUGCCAGGUUCAUCCCUAUAAGAAAACGUUCGUCAAAUGUAGAGAAGAUUUCUUGAAAGUUAGAGAAGGUGGCUGCGAUUUGCAAUGUAAUGGUUCGUUACCAUGUGGACACAUUUGCAAAAUGCUUUGCCACGUGCAAGAUAGAGACCACGCUAAAUCGCGUUGCUUGGAACCGUGCACAAAGUUGCUGUGCGACUCAAACCCGUUUCACAAAUGUCGCCAAGAAUGCUACAGGGAUUGCGGUCCGUGCACGUACCGCGUGCUGCGCGAUUUGGACUGCGGCCACCAGGUGUCGCUCGAGUGCCACAUCGACCACACGAACUACAAGUGCCGCGAACCGGUCAAGACGAAACUGCCCUGCGGCCACGAAGCCGACAAGCCGUGCCACAUGGACGUCGAUAACUUCCGGUGUCCGCUUCCGUGCGAUGUGCGCGUGGAGCCGUGCGGACACGCCUGCAUGAAAAAAUGUCACGUCAAAUACGAUCCAGAUCACUUGGAGUACCAAUGCAGACAGCCCUGCCCGAAGUUCAGGAAAGACUGCACGACCAAAGCCGAUCACCACCGUUGUCGCAAACUUUGUUUCGAGGAGUGCGAGCCGUGUCUUCUGGAAGUCCAGAAGUCCCGAACCGUUUGCCCCCACUUUUACAGGGUCGCUUGCAAUUACGACGUGGAUCAGAUCGUUUGCGAGAAACCGUGCACCAAAACGGUGCAAUGCGGUCACAAGUGCAAGAACAAGUGCUGGGAGCCCUGCGGAUUGUGCACUUACAAGGUUGAUAAAGUUGUUCCCGAUUGUGGUCACAAAAUAAAGGUAGCCUGUCAUGAAGAAGCCGUUAGAAAAUUUUGCUUGGGAAAAUGUCCGAGACAGUUACCAUGCGGACAUACGUGCACAAAAAGGUGCAAGGAGCCUUGCACCACCGAAUGCAAAGAAAUUGUCGCAUGCGAGGUGAAUUCGCCUUGCGGACACGUCAUAAAACAAAUGCCGUGUUAUAUAAAUACAAAAGUGACGCGUGGCUCAACCGAUGUGGACUUGCUUGAUUUUUGCAAGGUACCGUGCGGUGCGACGCUGAAAUGUGAUCACAAGUGCCUGGGUUCGUGCGGCGCAUGUUACCAAGGUCGCAUACACGCCAAGUGUGCGGAAAAAUGCGGCGUUCCGCUGGUAUGCAACCACGAGUGCACGGUUCCGUGCCGGCAGGCGUGCAAACCCUGCCAGAAAAAGUGCAUAUACCGUUGUCCGCAUAGCAAAUGCAGCAGAAAGUGCGGAGAGGUGUGUACUCCUUGUGCACAUCGUUGCGAUAGAAAAUGCAAACAUCAGCAGUGCACCAAAAACUGCGGAGAAAUUUGUUCGGUGCCUCCCUGCGAAGAGCCUUGCGAUAAAAGGCUUAAAUGCGGACACCCCUGCGUCGGGUUCUGCGGAGAUCCGUGUCCAACUUUGUGCCGCAUAUGCGAUCAAGAGGAACUCACCGAAAUAUUGUUCGGAGACGAAGACGAACCGGAUGCACGAUUCGUGCAGCUCAAAGACUGCGGACACGUGUUGGAAAGCGAAGGCCUGAAUCGCUGGUUUAUGAAGACCGACAGUGAAAUUCAGGUGAAAGCUUGUCCGAAGUGUAAGUCACCAGUCAUAAAAACUUUGCGAUUCAGCGACUACCUCAAACAGGCGAUGUUGGACGUCGAAAAGGUCAAGUCUAAAGUCAAUGGAACGAAAGAUGACAACGAAACGAAAACAUUGGAGUUGUUUUCUUUAUUAUCAAAUUUAUAUUUAAAAGUCGAAGAAAGAACCCCAUUGAUUAAACCGUUCAUGCAAGCCUUAUUGAAGCGCAUCACUCCAAACGAAAAAAGUCGCAAUAGGCCUCUAGCGUCAGAAUUGAAUGCAAUUCAAGCCAAAAUACAAAUUUUAGAGCACAUUGUAAUACUUUGUCAGGUCGAAGGUGAUGAACGUGAUGUUUUAAGGCAGAUAUUUGGCCAGGCAAGGGUCAAUAAUAAAAGUUACCUUAGUGAGGAUAAAUGGGUAAUAAAUCAAGUGAAAAUGAUAAUAAAAGUGCUGGAAAACGACCAGGACGAUCGGAUCUCCAAUCAGGAAAUCGAGGACAUAAAUCAGGAAUUGACGAGGCUACAGCGCAUUAUGCAGUUCGAACGAAUCAUCGCAUCUCCGCAUUAUGCUUCUGUCAAAACUAAAGUAGCCGUACAUGUGAGGAUCAUCGAAAAUAGUUUGUUUAGAAAAGUAAGAUACUCAAGUGUACUGGAUGACAGAAUUAUGGAUUACCUUAAAGAAUUAAACAAACAGGUGGCCUCCAACGUGGAAAUAACCGAUGCUGAGCGUCGAAGUAUUGUGGAAGCUAUGGGCAUGACUAGGGGACACUGGUUCAAGUGCCCCAACGGGCAUGUCUAUGCUAUUGGCGACUGCGGGGGCGCGAUGGUCGAGAGCAAGUGCAACGAGUGUGGCGCCACCAUCGGCGGCGGAAGUCAUCGCCUACGUGACGACAACACAUUUGCUCCUGAAAUGGAUGGUGCUGCUCAACCUGCAUGGUCAAAUACGACCGAUUUAAGAAAUUAUGAUUUAAACUUUUUCUAAAAUGUUUGCAAAAUAUAAUAUAGUCAUUAAGGUGUUAACACAAUAUUGCAAUGCAUUGACCAUGGUCAUUUAUAAACUUAUAUAAUUAUUGGCUAAAAAUAAUAAAUGUAUACUAUAUGAUAUAUGAUAUAAAUAAACAAAUGAAUAAUU